AUGUCCGGAGAGAAACGACCGGCUCAAGAGGCCUUUGGGUCGUCCAACCAGCUGGUUGUGAAGCGAAAGAAGUCUGAUGGGUCCCUCAAUGAUAGCACAGCAGUCGUCAAAAGCUCAUCACAGAAUGGCACUCUCGUGCAAGCGGUUCCCCGCACGAGUGGAUUGGAUGCUCCGAUUAUGGAACUCACAGGCCACUCUGGCGAAGUUUUUAGUGUGCGAUUUGACCCCACAGCACAGCACAUUGCAUCAGGUUCAAUGGAUCGUUCUAUAUUACUUUGGAACACGUAUGGCCAAUGUGAGAACUACGGGGCUCUAUCCGGCCACAAAGGCGCGGUCCUUGACCUGCAAUGGUCACGAGAUUCCAAAACCCUCUUCUCCGCAUCCGCCGAUAUGACACUCGCAAGCUGGGAUCUAGAGUCUGGUCAGAGGAUACGACGCUAUCUUGGGCACGAAGAAGUCAUAAAUUGUCUCGAAAUCAGCAAAAGGGGCCAAGAGUUGCUGGUCAGCGCGAGUGAUGAUGGUACAAUAGGGAUCUGGGACCCACGACAAAAAGAGGCCCUAGACUACUUGGCAACGGAGCUACCGAUCACCGCCGUUGCGCUGUCAGAAGCUGGAAAUGAGAUAUUUAGUGGCGGAAUCAACAAUACUAUCCAAGUUUGGGAUAUUCGAAAGAAAGCCGUUGUUUACUCCAUGGCUGGACACGCCGAUACUAUCACAUCUUUGGAAAUUUCGCCCGAUUCGCAAACUCUUUUGUCCAACUCGUUCGACUCGACAGUGCGCACCUGGGAUAUCAGGCCUUUCGCGCCGACAAAUCGGCACAUCAACACCUACGACGGUGCUCCCGUUGGGCUGGAGAAGAAUCUUAUUCGUGCCAGCUGGAACCCGACUGGUGACAAGAUUGCGGCCGGCAGCGGUGAUAGAAGUGUCGUUGUUUGGGACUUUAAGACUGGAAAGAUUCUGUACAAACUUCCGGGUCACAAGGGCACUGUGAACGAUGUGCGAUUCACACCAAACAACGAGCCUAUCAUUGUUUCAGCGUCAUCGGACCGGACCCUUAUGCUGGGAGAAUUGGGAAAAUAA